AAGUACUAGCUCAUCAUCUAAACCUCCUCAAAAUCAAUUCCUAGCUCAUCAUCCCUCAUCAAUUUAAGUCUCUAGUGCGUGCAUUUCUGAUCUUCUCGAUCUUGUGGCCUGUGAAUUAAGGAAAUGGCUUCCAGCUCCAAUAUGUUGGCUUUCCUAGCUGUUAUGUUUCUGGUGGUGCUACCCAUGUCUUCCCUAGCCUCAAAUCAUACUCAUCUUGAUGAUCUUUAUGAAAAGGUGUGUGAAGAAGUGGAAUGUGGAAAGGGAAAUUGCUCAGCUGACAUAAAUUACCCACUUGGCUUCAAGUGCGAAUGCGAACCUGGUUGGAAGCGAACUCGUGACGACGAUGACGAUCUCACGUUUCUUCCCUGCGUGAUACCUAAUUGUACUCUUGAUUACGGCUGCCAGCCAGCUCCUCCACCGGUUCCACAAACGGAGAAUCCACACAAUAUAUCAGCCUUUGAUCCAUGCUACUGGGCCUAUUGCGGAGAAGGGACAUGUACCAAGAACAAGACACAUACACACAGAUGUGAAUGCAACUCGGGUUACUCCAACCUUCUAAACAUCUCAGCCUUCCCAUGCUACAGUGAAUGUACACUUGGAUCUGAUUGUUCAAGACUUGGGAUUACGGUCCAAAAAUCUACUACAGACGAUGGAUCUGGGACUGGUCAAGCUACCUCGUUUCUGCCUGGAAAGUUCCAUUGGAUGGCUAUAUUGAUGGCGUCGUUGUGUAUGUUUCUGUGGAAGUAGAAGGGAUCGAGAUUUGGCAUGCGUAGACAGACACAUUUAUUUGGCCUCUUUGUUCAUCAUGUUUUCCUUAUUAUUUCCCUAAUUAUUCCCUGGUUUUUUUAUGUACAAAGUUUGUAUGAGUACUGAAAACAGUCGUCAUAGGCUGACGAUGAUUGUUGUAUACAACACCACAUGAUGAGAAUAAAUGUUUUGAGUAGUACUAAUAUUGAUAGUUAUAAAUGCUUUUUCUAUAUAUUAUAAAUAUAUCAAUUGAUUUAGUUGUUGCAAGUAAUUUUACCUACUCUCCGAAAUGGAGAAAUCA